AUGAAGGCCGCCACCAGACUCCCCCUAACGGAUGAGUGCCAUCACUACAAAUCCAAGGCAGAGCGCUACUCCCUCUUCUCCUGGUACGACGAGGGCGUCCGCCUCACAGACAGCGCCUGGUUCGGUGUGACCCCCGAACCCGUCGCAAACACAGUCGCCAACGAAAUGUACCACACCGACGCCUCCAAAAAAGUCCUCGUCGACAUAUUCGGCGGCGCCGGUGGCAACACCAUUGCUUUCGCCCUAUCGGCCCGCUGGGACCGCGUCAUCUCCAUAGAGCGCGACGCCGCGACCCUGGCGUGCGCCCAGCACAACGCCGAGUUGUACGAGGUCGCCGAGUACAUCACCUGGAUCCACGGGGACUGCUUCGACUACCUCCGGAAGCUGAGAGAUAGUCCCGACGAGUUGAGCGAGGAGUUGAGGGUCGACAUGGCGGAGACGGUGGUCUUUGCGUCGCCGCCUUGGGGUGGGCCCGGGUACCGGACCGCCGAGGUGUUUGAUCUGAGCAAGAUGGAGCCGUAUAACCUGGAGCAGCUACAUGAGGCGUGCAAACCCAUGGAUCACGCGCUGUAUCUCCCUCGAACGAGUGAUCUCAGACAGGUGGCGAAGCUGGCACCGGCGGGGGAGAAGCUCGAGGUUGUACAGUACUGCAUGGAGGGGGCGAGCAAGGCCAUGGUGGCAUUCAUACCAGGAUCAUUAAGUACUGCACAAUCAAAACCUUAA